AUGACCGUCCCCGUCCUCAACGGCCGCGCCAACGGCACCGGCGAUGCCCACGACCAGCCAAUAGAGACCCCGCCCCGUGCCCCCUCGCCGGUCCAGGGCUUCGGCACCCUCGCCGUCCACGCUGGGUCUCCCCAUGACCCUGCCACCGGCGCCGUCAUCGAGUCCAUCUCCCUCUCCACCACCUUUGCCCAGAACGCCGUCGGCAAGCCCGUCGGCGAGUACGAGUACAGCCGGAGCAGCAAUCCUAACCGGACCAACCUCGAGACCGCCGUCGCCGCCGUCGAGCACGCCAAGUACGCCCUCGCCUACUCCUCCGGCAGCGCCGCCACCGCCAACAUCCUGCAGAGCUUGGCCGCCGGCUCCCACGUCAUCUCCGUCUCGGACGUCUACGGCGGCACCCACCGCUACUUCACCCAGGUCGCCAAGGCCCACGGCGUCAAGGUCACCUUCACCCCGGCCAUCGAGGUCGACAUCAGCGAGCACAUCACCGACGCCACCAAGCUGGUCUGGAUCGAGAGCCCCUCCAACCCCACCCUGCGCCUCGUCGACAUCCGCAAGGUCGCCACCGCCGCCCACGCCCACGGCAUCAUGGUCGUCGUCGACAACACCUUCAUGAGCCCCUACGUCCAGAACCCCCUCGACCACGGCGCCGACAUCGUCGUCCACAGCGUCACAAAGUACAUCAACGGCCACUCCGACGUCGUCAUGGGCGUCGCCGCCUUCAACAGCGACGACCUGCGCACCCGCCUGUCCUUCCUGCAGAACGCCAUCGGCGCCGUCCCCUCUGCCUUUGACUGCUGGCUGGCCCACCGCGGCAUGAAGACCCUGCACCUGCGCGCCCGGGAGGCCACCAAGAACGCCACCGCCGUUGCCGCCGCCCUCGAGGCCCACCCGCACGUCAUCGCUGUCAACUACCCCGGCCUCGACUCCCACCCACACCGCGCCAUCGCCAAGAAGCAGCACCGUGACGGCAUGGGCGGCGGCAUGCUGAGCUUCCGCAUCCGGGGCGGCCACGCCGCCGCAGAGCGCUUCUGCCAGCUCACCCGCGUCUUCACCCUGGCGGAGUCGCUGGGCGGCGUCGAGAGCCUGUGCGAGGUGCCCUCCAGCAUGACCCACGCAGGCAUCCCCAAGGACCAGCGUGAGGCCGUGGGUGUCUUCGACGACCUGGUUCGCCUCAGCUGCGGUGUCGAGGACGCCGAGGACCUGAGGGCCGAUGUCAUCAACGCGCUGGAGAAGGCGGUUGCCGAGACCGGCAGGGGCAACGGUGUCAACGGCGACUGA